UUUUUAUGUCAAUUUUAAAAAUAUUUAUUUUAUUUGCCAUUAUUAUUACAAUAUUUCAACUCAUUUUCGCAGUAAAUUUAACUAGUGGGGCAGCUAAUUUAUUGCCAAUUGUGCCACUUUGUCUCCUUCGUUGUAAAGACAACCAUAUGUUAACGGUAUAA